AAGUGAGAAGAAAAAUAUUGAAAAGUUAAUUCAACAUAAAAAGUACAUAAAAAAAGCAGUGUUUGGAUUCAAUGCAAUGAUAAUUUAUAUCUCGCUUGCAGCAUAAUAAUGGAAAAAAUGUGAAAGUGUAGCAGAAAAAAAAAGUUUAAAUAUUGUCACAUGAUAAAAGGAAAUAUUUCUCCUCUGUGUAAAAAUCUCGUUUGUGCAAAAAGUUUAUUUUUUUAUUUUUGUUUCACGACGACCGCAAAAAUGGAUAAAAUGUUGUUGUCUAGAAUAGUGAUAUUCGCUGUUAUUUUUCAAAAAGCUUUAAUGUUUCAGCCUGAAUUUGCGGAUCCUAUUGUAAAUAUUUCAGUAGCUAUAGGCAGAGAUGCAACAUUCACAUGCCAUGUUAAACAUUUAGGUGGUUACAGGGUAGGAUGGGUGAAAGCAGAUACGAAAGCCAUCCAAGCAAUUCAUGAUCACGUCAUUACACACAAUCCACGAGUGAGCGUAUCUCAUUUGGACGUCAACACAUGGAACUUGCACAUAAAAUCUGUCACUGAGGAGGACAGAGGCGGUUACAUGUGUCAAAUAAAUACAGAUCCAAUGAAAAGUCAGAUUGGAUAUCUAGACGUUGUGAUUCCACCAGAUUUUAUACAAGAAGAAACAUCAAGUGAUUUGAUUGUUCCUGAAGGAGGUUCGGUGAGGCUUACUUGCAGAGCACGAGGCUAUCCUACUCCGGUUGUGACUUGGAGAAGAGAAGAUGGAAAUGAGAUAAUUUUAAAAGAUUCAAUGGGUUCAAAAACUCCUGUUACAUCGUUUAGGGGUGAAGUUUUAAAAUUGACGAAAAUUGGACGGAAUGAGAUGGGAUCAUAUUUGUGUAUUGCUAGCAAUUCAGUACCUCCAAGUGUAUCUAAGAGAAUUUCUCUGAAUAUUCAUUUUCAUCCUGUUAUCCAUGUUCCAAAUCAGCUAGUUGGAGCACCAUUAGGAACUGAUGUUCAGAUCGAGUGUCAUGUGGAAGCUAGUCCACGUUCAAUAAACUAUUGGAUAAAAGAUACAGGUGAAAUGAUUGUUUCAUCGUCAAAGUACAUUGUACAAGAACAUUCAAAAUCGUUAUAUGAGAUGAAAAUGACAGUUAUUGUGAAGAAAUUUGAGAAGGAAGAUAUUGGAAGCUAUCGAUGUAUAGCGAAAAAUUCAUUAGGAGAGGUGGACAGUAGCAUACGUUUAUACGAGAUACCUGGACCGACACGUAAAGUUCCUCCAACUAAGUAUGGCAAUAGUGACAUGAAUGAGGUAGCAAAGAAUACUAAAACAUCACAAAUUACGGGAAAAGAGUCAUCAAAUUUAUCACCUCCAAAACCUAAUUAUAACAGUCAGGAUUAUGAUGACAAUUAUAGUUCAAAUGAGGAUGAAGAUAUUGAUGAUCGGAAUGAUCCAACAAGAAAUGUCCCAAUACAAAUUCACGCAACACGUAAACCAAAUAUCCACAUAAAUAAAAUUUCAAAUAACAUUGACAGCUAUGAGACUAAUGGUAUAAUGGACUCGCGUGGCCACCAUCAUCAUCGAUGGCACCUUGCACUUCAUACGAUAACUUUAUCAUCAUCAAUUAUUUUAUCACACUAUUCACGUUUAAUCACAUAAUGACAUUCAUUAUAUGUGGAAAUUUACGCAGAUUCAGGAAACCAACUAAAUUAAUUUUAAAUUAUCAUGCACAAGCAAAUCGUUUUAAAAUUGAGUUUCGGGGAUUUAAAUAUAUAUAAAAUUGAUGGGUAGAUGCAGAUGAUGAUGAUGAGGAAGAGGAGGUUGAGGUGAAUAGUAUAGAUGUGAACUUGGCACAAAACAAAAAGUGAAUGAAACCAUAAUUUAAUUUAAUUAAAAUAUGUUCAUUGGUAAAUUUUAUCAGGCACAGAUAUAAAAAAAAACUUUUAUUUUGGCAUCACAUAAUGAUUUAAUUUCGUUCUCUCACCCAACAAUCAUCAUUAUGACCUUAAAUGACUCAUUUUCUUUUUAUUUUCUUGUCUGACUCGACUCGUCUAGUUCUUUAAAUUAGUUUAAAACUAGUAUAAAAUACGCCUUAAAGGAAGUGCAAUGGAGUGGAUUGAGCGCAUUUUUUUUCUUGUUUUAUUUGCAUAGUUAAGUACCUAAUUUAUUAAAUAUGUUGGGAAUCUUUAAAUCUUUAAGUUUUAAGAGUGUUGUACUGUCUGCUUUUGAUCUGAUUCUAUUUGACUAGAAUGAAGAAGGGGAACUCGAAUUUUUCAAGUAAUUAAUAUUAAGCAAGAUCAGGAGUGACUUUUGAUUGGUAUCUUUAGUUAAAUUUUAAAACAUUUAUAAAAUAAAUCCAAAUUGAACCUUUAUGUCAGGAAAAUGACAGAGGAAGGGAUUUAUAGUCAAAUUUUGACUUUUUUCUUCUCAAAAAUCUCUAUCAAAUUAAAGAAAUUUGAGUUUGACUCGAAGGAAAAUUCCUCUAGCUCCAUACCUGAUUACAAGUGAGAUUCAAGUGACAGGUUCCCAAGAUUCAAAUUGAAACUUUAAGGAACUCUUUUUGGACCAUGAACCUAAGUAGAGUAAGGUUUUUCGGUAAAUGUAGAUCUAUUGGCACUUUAGUUCAAAAUAUGUAAGAAGCAAGGGGGCGGAACUGAUGAAAAACAUUUCGUUCAUUUUUAAUAAUUUUUUUCAUCAUUUUUUGAUCAUUCCAUCAGUUCCACACCCAAGCUUAAUUAAACAAAUUUAUAUGAGCCAUGCCCAACCUAUUGGACCACGCAACCAGCCUAUGGACUAGUCGAUUCCACGAAGUUGACAUAAAGCAGAAAUAAAAUCAGUCAGAUAAUUUCCAAUUAAAAGUGAAAGAUGAUGGACAGCUCGUAAGUCAGUCAAAGUGGCAAUUCAUAGGAAGAAAAAAAAUCAUAAAAAUUUCUUCAGUUUUUUCCACCCUCUGCACAAAAGUGUUUCCUCAUUCGCCUUUUUCCUUUCAAUUCAUCCUCGCAACUUGUUUUGUGUAUACUGUA